AUGAGGGAAGUAAAAACAGGAGAUAAAACUAAAGGAGUAUACUUACCACAUCAUGCUGUCGUUCGAGAUGAUAAGUCCACCACUAAAGUGCGGGUAGUAUUUGAUGCUUCCUGCAAAUAUGAGUACAACAUUUCCCUUAAUGAGAUUUUGAUGGUAGGACCUACCUUACAAUCAGACCUUCGUCAUAUCGUAACUCGUUGGAGAAUACAUCCCAUUUGUAUCGUCGCAGAUAUCGUCAAAAUGUAUCGUCAGGUUAGAGUUGCAGAAGAACAUAUUACGUUUCAGAGAAUUGUAUGGCGAGACGAGCCUGAGGACGAAAUAAAAGAUUAUGAGUUAAUUACUGUCACAUUUGGGACUGCUUCGGCACCUUACCUGGCAGUAAAGACAUUACAUCAAGUAGCUAUAGAUGAAGGUAAAAAUUAUCCUUUAGCAGCAGAACUAAUACCAAAUUCUUUUUAUAUGGAUGACCUAAUGACAGGCUGUUCUAUAGUACAAGAUGGAGAGGUAUUAUACAGGGAAAUGUCAGAUUUAUUGAACAAAGGUGGUUUCGAGUUACAAAAAUGGAACACUAACAACAAAGACCUUUUAAAGGUAUUUCAGAAAGGUGAAAAUAAGCGUAAUAAUAGAGAAGAAAAAUAUGUGGGAAAAGGAGAGACUACAGGGGAUAAAGAAGAGAAGAAUAAAGUAGAAGAGAACAUAGAGAACAAGAAAGAAAAGGACAUAUUCGAUACUACAAAAAUAUUAGGACUUACCUGGUCUCCUUCCGACGAUAUCUUCAAGUACUCGGUGCACCUGCCUCCAAAAUCAGCAUCUGUAACGAAAAGAAACAUAUUAUCAGACAUAGCGAAAUUGUAUGAUCCUUUGGGAUGGAUAGCACCUACGGUAAUAUUAGCAAAGAUACUCAUACAAAGGCUUUGGUUGACAGGAAUGCAAUGGGACGAUGAAGUACCAACCGUUCUACAACAAAAAUGGCAUACUUACCGAAAUGAGCUCACAAAACUUACCGAAGUUCGCAUCCCUCGAUGGUUAGGCAUAACACGAAAUGAUGUUUCGGUAGAACUUCACGGUUUCAGCGAUGCGUCGAAGUCAGCAUACGCUGCAGUUAUUUAUACAAGAUCAGUCAGUAGUACAGGAGAGAUUAGUGUAUCGUUGCUAGUGGCCAAAACUAAAGUAGCACCUAUUAAGCAAAUCAGUAUACCGCGCCUUGAACUUUGUGGUGCAUUACUAUUGGCACGUCUAUUAGCUGAAACAGCAAGAGCAUUAAACAUUUCGAAGGAAUCUGUGCAAGCUUGGACCGAUUCUACUGUCGUAUUAGCUUGGCUAAAUAGUCAUCCAUCAAGGUGGAAAACGUUUGUGGCUAACCGUGUGUCCGAGAUUUUAACCACACUUGAUUCGGACCAAUGGGCGCAUGUAUCUUCGAAAGACAAUCCUGCAGAUUGCGCCUCCAGAGGAAUUCAACCAGGCUCUCUAGCAGACUGUAGUCAGUGGUUUGAAGGACCACAAUUUCUGCGAAGUAAAAAUAUUGUAUACAAUCGUCCAAAAAAUACAGAUAUAACUUUAGAAGAAUGUAUUAAAUCUCAUGUUACAAUAGAAAAAUUAGAAUCUCCCUGGAGUAAGUUUUCCUCCUUAAACAGGCUGCUAAGAGUAGUAGCAUACUGUAAACGAUUUAUAAGUAAAGAAAAAAGUAAUAGAACCAAGUACCUGAAAAAGAUAGAAAUAGAUCAAGCAUUAAAAUGUUGUAUAAAAGAAUGUCAAAAAAGAGAAUUUAAAGAAGAGUACACACAACUUACAAAAAUAGGCUAUAUAAAAGAUAAAACAAGUAAAAUAAAAUCACUGUGCCCUUACCUUGACGAUGAUGAUAUAAUCAGGGUGAGUGGUCGACUUCAGCAUUCAGCACUUCCAGAUAACACGAAGCAUCCAAUAGUUCUUCCUCAUGAUGAUCACCUCACUAAACUUAUUGUAGCAAGUGCUCACUCCCGUACUUUACAUGGUGGUCCUCAGUUAAUGCUCAAUUUCUUGAGAUCAGCUUAUUGGAUUGUCAGAGCCAAAAGUUUAGUCAAACAGCAUGUACACAAUUGUGUUACUUGUGUCAGGUAUAAUGCAAAGGUGACCAAUCAGUUAAUGGGUUCACUUCCAAGUGUAAGGUGUACACCAUCAAGACCAUUUAUACAUAGUGGUGUAGACUAUGCAGGACCGAUCAAUAUAAAAACUACAAAGGGCCGAGGACAUCGAGCCUAUAAAGGAUAUAUUUGCGUGUUUGUUUGUAUGUCAACUCGCGCUGUUCAUUUGGAAGUAGCGAGUGAUAUGAGUACCCAAGCAUUCCUAGCUGCAUUCAGACGUUUUGUGUCCAGACGAGGACACUGCAAUCAAGUAUGGAGUGACAAUGGCACUAAUUUUGUUGGAGCCGCACGAGAACUAAAGGAAUUAUCUGCAAUCCAAAGCCAAAUUUCAGAACAUUUGGAGAAUUUGGGCACGGAAUGGCAUUUCAUUCCACCACACGCUCCAAAUUUUGGCGGGAUAUGGGAACGUGUCGUACGCUCAACCAAAUUCCAUCUAAGACGUGUCAUUGGUGAGUCCACUCUUACAUAUGAAGAAUUAAGUACAUUCCUGACGCAAGUUGAAGCAUGUUUGAAUUCCAGACCAAUGACAGUUAUAAGUGGUGAUGAUUAUGAUGUACCUGUGCCAUUAACCCCAGGACAUUUUCUGAUUGGGGGACCAUUGGUAGGCGUUCCUGAUAAUGACUAUCAACUUUCUCAAAUAAGUUUCUUGAAUCGAUGGCAACUAGUACAAAGAAUGUUAUAG